ACCACAUAGAGAUUAUGAUUUAUCUUCUCUCAUUGCAGCUCCACAUUGAAUCUUCCAGUCCAACAGUGUUACCACCAUCCGCUUUACCAUUAGAAUUGCUAAACAAUGCUGUGGCUGGAUUUAGUACCAUAGAAGAACUGAUCAAGUACCUUGAGCCUGACCGGUGGCAGUUGGAUCUGGAAGACUUAUACAAACCAGCUUGGCAUCUUCUCGGGAAAGCCUACAUUCAUGGCAGAAAGUCAAGAGUUGUAGAUUUGAACCUGCUGAAGGAGGAAGUAAGAAUGUAUAGCUGUACUCCACGCAACUUUUCAGUGUCAGUACGAGAAGAAUUGAAACGAACAGACACCAUUUUUUGGCCACUUUGUCUUCUGGUUAAACGCUGCGGUGGAAAUUGUGCCUGUUGUCAACAUUCUUGCAGUGAAUGCCAAUGUGUCCCUACCAAAGUCACCAAAAAGUAUCAUGAGGUCCUGCAGCUGAAGCCCAGAAGUGGUAUGAGAGGAUUGCAUAAAUCUCUGACAGAUGUCCCUUUGGAUCAUCAUGAGGAGUGUGACUGUGUGUGUAAAGGAAAUACAGAAGGAUAAAAGGAACUUCUUUCUUCUACAGCACAUUGAAUUAGAGGCUUAUUCUGUUCUGGGGCUUGUGCAUUAAUCUCCUUGUAUAAUCUCAGUUGUUUCCUUUGAAGAUCUUCCAUGUUCAAGAUUGAUGGUUCUGGGGAGAUGAAGAGAGAAGAAAUGAAACAGAGAUUAUGUAUGCAAUGUAACAGCACAUGAAAGCCCAUUAAAACUAUGAGCAGAAGGCAUUGAUGAGGAUUUCUUUUCCUCCACCUUGAUAUAAAUAUAUAAUAUCAUCUCUUUUGCUCAUCCUGAAUUUUAAAAGAUUUAAGUUUAGAAAUGCUCAAAACCCGAACUCUUCUAAUAGCCCUCCUUCUGCAGGUCAGUUGCUUCUGGCUUUUCAUUCUAAACUUCUGGAAUCUUAUUUCACUUAUUGCAGUAACUCCUACAUGUCCUAAAUUAAAGUGUCAAUUGCUUAAAACUGUGUUAUUCUGAGUUAAACUUACAUUUUUCACUUAUAGAUAUGAAAAGGACUGCACCCUUUUCUAUGUUUUUCCCCAGUCAGGUUCCUGUCAUUUUGCAAAAAUGCCUGGUCAGUAUAUGUGAGCAAGGAGGAAAAAAUUGAAAUCAAUGAAGUGUCUUAUUCCUCCCACUAGUGCCUUCAAGGGUUUUUUUUUGUUUGUUUAUAUUUUUAUAUUUUUGUUGUGUACAUUUUUAUACUCUUUGAUGGCAUAACAUUUUGCUUUUCUAAUCUUGUUAAAUUUAUCUAUUUUUUACCAAAGGUAUUUAAUUUUCUUUAUAUUUACAACUUAGAAAAAUUGUAUUUUAGUCCUGUAAAAUCCAGAGUCAGUGUUACAGGAAGAGGAUAGAAAGAAUUACUGGUUGUAUAAUUCAAGGGAUGUAGUGGUGCAUGUGCACAUAGAAAAAUAAAGCAGAUGAAAAUAUCACUCUGACUUUACAAUUGUAGAUAAGUAGAUUCAUCAUGCUGGAAUAAGAAGGAACGUAAUAGCUGUUUUAAGCCUUUUUAUAUUCUAGUGCCUUGAUCUAGAGAGAAUGUCUGUGAGCAUAGAAAGAGGCUUCAGCAUGCAUAAAUAAGAAAAUAAAUACCAUUUGUUGGAUGAGAGAUUACUAGCAUAAAUCUGAUAAGCAUCAGAAUACUCAUCAGAGGAUAACUGUUAACCUGCAUUGCACUGGCUUGAAUGGGUUACAUAUCUGUACCAUCUACAUCCUGGCAGAAUUAUUUUUUGCAGAAGUAUAGUUUUUAUAUGUGACCUAUGAUAGAUUGGGAAGCAGGUAUCGUCAUGAAAAAAUAAUAAUAAAUUCCAACACAAUGAGGUCUUGUCACCAAAUUAUAUAAUGGGUUGAUUAAAAAUAUGCACAUAUUUAUUGCUACAGACACAACAAUUUUAAUAUUAUCAUUGACAGUUGCUUCUUCAUAAGGCCUAUAGAUUCCAGUAUUUUAAUGAUGUAUAGAAUAAUUUUUGAAAUGUGGAUUUGCUUACAGUAUGUACAGUUUAUAUAUAAACUAGUACAUUUAUUCUCAUCUUGGACAAGAAGGGAAGAAGUAGUAAAAUAUUUUGCUUGUAAAAUACUUUUAAAUUGUCUAGUGUUGUUUUGUGUGAAUGCCUGUUUCCUUUUAUUGUUUGAAUUUAUGUAAUUCACAAAAUAAUUAUUGGGAUAGAAAGAACUCACUAUAUCUACCUAUGGAAGGUAGUUACCAUUUAAUUUAAAAAAAUAUUGUUUUGUUUCUUCAUGUGGCAUAUGCUAUCUAGCAGUCUAAACGCUUCCAUUUCAGUUGCUGCAGGAAAUAUAUGGACAGCUGCAUGCAAAUAUUUAGGAAUGCCUGGUUAAAAUGUAUGUUUUAUUGAAUGCCUAAAUCAGGGGUGCCAACCUUAAAUCAGGGGUGUCAAACUGGCAGCCCGUGGGCCGGAUGCAUCAUGCGCAGGCCGUGCCCACCCCAGCUCUGCGAAGGGGGAGAAUGUCAAAAUACAUCACGUGAUGGCAACGUGACACUGCAAGUUUUAACACCCAUGUCCUAAAUGAACAGAGGUUGACACAACUUCAGCAUGAGAGAAAAAAAUAAAUAAAACAUGACACAUUCCUACAAAUGUUGAUGCCUACUUGUUAUUUCAAUACAGUUGUGUACAGAUUCACAAUAAAUUAAUAGUAAAUAUGA